UAAUCACCGCUGCUAUUGUUGUCGCUGCAAGUCAGAAAUAAAGCGAGUUCGGAGAUAUUUCCGCAAUGCCAGUUCUUGAGAAGUCAUUGUUUCUCUUCUUGUUCAUAUCAUCCUUCGCCUUGGACACAGCUCGGGGCUUCGAACCGAACUCGCAGCGCGAAGCGGACAGAGUCACAGCACUCCCGGGCCAGCCGGAGGUGGAGUUCCGGCACUACUCCGGGUACGUAAGGAUAAGCGACGACAAGGCGCUCUUCUACUGGUUCUUCGAGGCCAAGCGAAAGCCGGAGGAGAAGCCUCUCAUCCUCUGGCUCAAUGGAGGACCUGGAUGCUCAUCUGUUGCUUAUGGAGCUGCACAGGAGCUGGGGCCAUUCUUGGUCAGAAGCAAUGCUCCCAACCUCACUCUCAAUCCCUACUCCUGGAACAAGGUUGCAAAUCUUCUGUUCCUCGAAGCUCCGGUGGGAGUAGGAUUCUCCUACACCAACAGGUCAUCGGAUCUGGAGGAGGUCGGCGAUAGGAUCACUGCACAAGAUUCACACUCCUUUCUGCUGGACUGGUUCAAUAAGUUCCCAAACUUAAAGUCCCAUGAGUUCUUCAUCGCAGGAGAAAGCUACGCAGGGCACUAUGUUCCCCAGCUUGCAGAGCUCAUCCAUGAAGGAAACAAGAAAGCUAGCAAGGAUUCGUAUAUCAAUCUUAGAGGCUUCAUGAUCGGGAAUGCAGUGCUUAAUGAUGCGACGGACCAGCUAGGGAUGGUGGAGUACGCCUGGAGCCACGCCAUAAUCUCCGACGAACUCCACGCCUCUCUACGUAGAGAAUGCAACUCCUUCGAGGGAGCAGGGGAAGGCAAAGCCUGCUUGCCCGCCGUCAAAGCCUUUCUGCGGGCCUUCCAGGACAUCGACAUGUACAGCAUCUACUCACCGGUCUGCCUCUCCUCGCUAUCCAAAUCCCCUCGCUCGAGCAAACUUGUCGCAGCCCCCCACCUCUUCUCCCAGCAUGAGACGUGGCACGGCAUGCGGAGGGCGACGGCAGGAUAUGAUCCAUGCACCGAGGACUACGUGAAGAGAUAUUUUAACAGAGAGGAUGUGCAGCUGGCACUGCACGCCAAUGUCACUCAUCUCUCUUACCCCUACUCCUCUUGCAGCGAAAUAAUACGGAGGUGGAAUGACUCUCCACCCACAGUACUCCCCAUUCUAAAGAAGCUCAUGAAAGCAGGACUUCGAGUCUGGGUUUACAGUGGGGAUACCGAUGCCAGGGUGCCGGUGACGUCGACGAGGUACAGCGUCAACGAGAUGAGGCUUCGGCAAAAGGGAGGAGAGAGGAAGAAGAGAUGGGGAGGUUGGAGGGCUUGGUACUACAGGGAGGAGGUGGCUGGGUGGGUGGUGGAGUACGAGGAGGGGCUGACUUUGGCCACCGUGAGGGGGGCGGGGCAUCAAGUACCUCUCUUCGCCCCUGACCGUGCUCUCGCCCUACUCUCCCACUUCCUUGGCGACCAAUCUCUGGCAUCUUCUCGCUUUGGAUAACUUGGAUCUUCCGCUCCGUUACCGACUAAACUGGGUGUUCUUCUCGAUUGUCAGCACUUAAAAGGAACGAAAAAGCUAUGUCAAGCUAACAUUUGAUCAAUGUCAUGUUUAUGGCUUUGUUUGUGGUCAAAUAUGCAUAUA